CUUGAAGAGUUGCCAUCACAUGGUGGAAAUUUCCACUGUGUCCCUCGGUUGUUAAGUGGGAAGUGUCUCCCUUACUGGUGUUCACUACGCUUACUUGUCCUCCACCUAUGAAGUCCCGAACAAUUAAAAUUUAGGUAUUUGCCCUAUAGUGUAAGGCUGAGCUAAAGCACGCCAACCUACCGAGUACAACUGCUCUGCUUUGGACCGUGACCCCUUCCCCAGCCCCGCACCACUAUAGCCGUAACCAUGGACCGCAUGGAGCUGAAGAAAGUCUGCACGGAGGCAGACGAUGACAGCACAGACAGUUUGGACGACCGCUUCACAGAGCCCAUCGACUCAGAGAAGGCCACCAUCAACAGUCACUUCCUGGAUGAGGAUGGAGAUGCAGAGAGCCACAAGUUUCUCACUAAUGGGAUUAUGAAGAAGAAGAAGUACGAGGAGUAUCAAGAAGAAUACCACCCAGGACAUACCUCCUUUGGUAUGUCGGUCUUCAACCUGAGUAAUGCGAUCAUGGGCAGCGGCAUCCUGGGUCUCUCCUAUGCCAUGGCCAACACUGGCAUUGUGCUUUUUGUAGUCCUUCUCUUGGGUGUGGCCAUCUUGUCGUUGUACUCCGUUCACUUGCUGCUAAUGACUGCAAAAGAAGGAGGCUCUCUCAUCUAUGAAAAGUUGGGAGAGCGAGCUUUUGGCUGGCCGGGGAAAAUGGCUGCGUUUGGAUCGAUAACCCUUCAAAAUAUUGGUGCCAUGUCCAGCUACCUCUUCAUUGUAAAGUAUGAGCUGCCAGAAGUAAUCCGUGCCUUCAUGGGACUGGAGCAGAGCUCUGGUGAAUGGUACAUGAACGGAAACUACCUGGUUGUGUUUGUGUCCAUCGGUAUCAUCCUGCCUCUCUGCAUACUCAAAAACCUGGGCUACCUUGGCUACACCAGUGGAUUCUCCCUAUCCUGUAUGGUGUUUUUCCUGGGAGUGCUGAUCUAUAAGAAGUACAACCUCCCCUGCCCGAUGCCCUUCAUGUACCAUACCAACCACAGUAUGAAUGGAACAGCCCUGGGGCCCCACGCCCUGCACAACGGCACCGUCCUCAUGGACUUCUCCAGAGCUGACAUGUCCCCCGCCUCCUACCUGGACGACCACCACACCUCAGGGGUCCGCUUCGAACCACACCCCGACGACGUGGAGGAGAUGUGCACGCCCAAGUAUUUUGUGUUCAACUCUCAGACUGCUUACACUGUUCCCAUCCUGGCCUUCUCCUUUGUGUGCCACCCUGAAAUUCUACCCAUCUACAGUGAACUCAAAGAUCGCUCCCGGAGAAAGAUGCAGAAUGUGUCCAACCUGUCUAUUCUUGCCAUGCUGGUCAUGUACAUGUUCUCAGCGCUGUUCGGCUACCUCACUUUCUAUGGAAACGUGGAGGCGGAGUUGCUCCACACCUUCACCAAGGUGUAUAAGUUUGACACCAUGCUCCUGCUGGUCCGUCUGGCUGUCCUGACCGCUGUCACCCUGACUGUCCCCAUUGUCCUGUUCCCUAUCCGUUCCUCCAUCAAUACGAUGCUGUUCAGCCAACGGGAGUUCAGCUGGGUGCGUCACAUGCUCAUCGCCGCCUUCAUCCUCCUGUUCAACAACCUGCUGGUCAUCUUCGUCCCCACCAUCAGAGACAUUUUCGGCUUCAUCGGCUCCUCUGCAGCCACCAUGCUCAUCUUCAUCCUCCCUGCUGCCUUCUAUCUACGCCUGGUCAAGUCUGUGCCGAUGCGCUCCGUGCAGAAGAUCUCGGCGGCCAUUUUCCUGGUGGUGGGUAUCAUCUUCAUGUUCAGCAGCCUGUCGCUCAUCGUGAUGGACUGGAUCCACAACCCUCCCGGCUCCGGCAGUGGUCACUAAGACGACCCCCCUUACCUCCACCUCCACCCCCUCUCACCUCAAACCCCCUCCCCUGACUGUGCCUUGGGGGUAAGGUCACCGGGCCGGGGGGUGCCCCCACACAUCACCUACAGACUGAGUACGUCAGCGUACUGUAAAGGGGCGGAUCGCUUUUCUCAACCCCCACCCCUUUCCACAAAGUAUUACUGGAGGGGACUACGUUCUACGACUGAAAAAUUUAAGUUCGUUAUUAUUUUUCUUUCUUGUUGUUGUUGGAUAGUUUAGCUCUGUAGAAUCCUCCACAACAGGAGCUCGCCGAAAGGACACGAAGUAAUCAAGGAGGACGGUCAGAAACGGGAGAAAAGACAUCAGACGCUGCGGCUGUCGCUGCCGUAGUUGUCUAGAUAGCCCAUCAUCUCUACUCUGUGAUAUUCCCUGAGAAGAGGAAAAAAUACGAGCAGGGACCUCAACCAUUAAAUGGUCUAGAGAACCCAAAGAGAACGAGAACUGAUCUGAGAGCUGCCACUAUUGGAGCUGGUUGUUAUUGCAGGUGUGGCUUCAGCGCCAUGGGCUCUGCACACUUGAACAUUAGAGAGAGAGGUGGGAUAAGGGUUCAAAAACAAAGAGCACUUUUAGCAUGUGUUUCAAGUUUUAAUGUAUUUUUAACACAUCAAGAAACACACACACAUACAGUACGCCAUCUACACUAAUUGGAGCUAUUUUGCUUACUGUCAAAAUGUAUUUUUGUACACCUAGGGAAAAGAAAAGUCGAUGUAACCGUACAUAGGACAGCUGUAGUAUCUUUUUCCGAGCUAGAGCCUGGAAAAAGUUGUUCAGAGUGAUAUUUGUAAACUAGGUUUUGUAAAGUAGUUUCUAUUUUAUUUUAUACUCUCACAAUCAAUCACAUCACCAAAGUUUGUGCACACACAUAUUUCUCAGUGGCUAGUGUGUUGCUCUCAAAACAUCCCUUGACAGCAAUCAUCAGAUCAGACGUUAGCAAUCGUACACAUUGACAGACACAUACACCAAGUUCAAAUUUUCAGCCAUGUCCAUUCUCCCAAUCAACACUUAACGUGAUGAUCAACACACACUGUCAGCCAUUUUGAAACCGCCCAGUAGACUGAGCUUCAAACAAGAGACUCCAUUCAUUCAGUGUUAUUGUCGCAGAGAUUUGAAUGUUGCCGAGUUUUGAAUGUACCGGUACUUGGCCAAACGUCUAGUGAUCUACUGAAUGACAGUUUACGUGUUUCUUUCUUUGCCUUCUUGUUCACUCUUGUCCAAUGUGUCACACUACAGAGCCCUUGGGUCAAUUGCAGCGAACAAUACCAGGAGAUGAGCUCAUGUUGAUGGCUUGAGAUAAUUUUCAAUUUGUAACUCCAUCUCUUACUAAACUUCAUGUGAAGUGAACUGUGCUAUGAAAUACAACUAGUGAACGCUAGUUUCAGUGAAGAGGAACAAAAUCAGAACUCUAUGAGAGUUAAAGAAGGUCUACUGGCAGUAUACCAUACAGGUUAUUUGUGUUGGCACAGCGAUCUUAUAACCCAUGAGAAUGUUUUUCUUCUAUCCCAGUGUGUAAAACGAUAUCUUGUAACAAAAUUCAAUUGUGGGAAAAAAUAUUGUGGGUAAAAUAAGCAAUGGAUUGAACCUCCAGACUGUGCUGUUUCUGAGAUACAAGAUAAGUUAUUUUAUCUGUGUUUGCAGUUCACACCUUAAAGGGGAAAUCUGCAGUUGCUACAUUUUUGGACUUAUAAAUUAAUGAUUUGUACCGAUUGAUUCUUGAAAAAUAUCAAUUGUGAAUGCCUCAAGAGCUUAGUUUAACCGUCGUACCCCAUCAGAACCCAAAAUAUAUGAUUGGUUUACUCCAAUGUUUGUAAACAACAUAAAUGUAAACAAUAUAUAGCCUCAAAACAUGGUUAAAACCGUAAUUUUGAUAUCAUGGAUGGUCAGUCCUUGCAUCCGUAUAUCUCAAACUUUUUCUGGAACAGACGGUGACAACACUUUGUUAUUGCUUCAACUGCUGAUUGCCCCUUUAAAUUCAAUAUGGGUCAUAAUGUCAAAUUUGGAAAAGAUUAGAGAAAUGAAAUGCAUCCACUGUUACUUAGCAGGCUUGUCAUUUGGUGAUGUUUUUUUACCAGCGAUUUGUUUAUGCCAGAUUGCUGCUUAUAGUGGAGUUAACAUAAACAGUAUGUGUUUAUUACUGUAAUUGUGACUUGUGUUACUGUAAUUUACAUAAUUUCAACGGACCAUAAUUUCUUAAAAUGCCCUAAUUAAUUAAUUAACACCACGAUAAAUGAAUUUCAAAAUAUUGUGCCGUGCUGAAAAAACAUUUGUCAGUAGGUGGCUACAUUAGCAGUUUGCAUUCGAAGCACAGAGUACCUGUUUUCUUAGGUGUUAAAGCAGAUACGUGUUCCGAAUGGAUCCAGCCAGAAUGGACAACAUUUACAGAUCCUUUAUGGAUCUACAUAUGCAUGAGACAAAUUGAUAUUUCAAAUGAAAUGGUAUAGUGUGUGCAUGUUUUGGAUUACAAACAUGGUCUUUUCUGACAACUUGUAUAUGCUUUGUAAAUAAUCUUAUUAUAUGGUACUCACUGAAUUAUGUGCGUAGGGGGUUGUAAGGGAUUUUACCAGAAGUCUUCUACAAUGUUAUUUUAGUAUUCAAUGUUUUUGAUUUUGCUCUAUGAUGAUAUUUCUUCUUUUUUUAUGGAAGCUUGUACAUUUGUAGAAAAUCUCUACCCCUUGUCAUUUCUUUAUAGUUACAUAUCUGGAGGACCUAGACCUUGAAUUAAUGAAUGGUUUUGUCGGUAAUGUUGUCUGAUUCCUCAGUCCUACAGGGGCUGCAGGGUCCAAGUAGAAUGUCAGUGUUGAUGUCUUGCGAGACUUGGGUAGAUAUUGCCUAUGUUGAGCUGAAGUAUUUGAUUCAUGCCAUGCGGGUGGGUGCGCUGUCAAGAGAUCAAUGACGUUCAGAUCACAUGCUUUUAGUAAGAACCACCCUACAGUCACAUUUGAGAUGCGGUCUGCAUCGAUAGGGGCUGCUGGGUCUUUGCUGAAAUUACUCCUCAGCCUCAGUUACUGUAUAUGAAGAUACAUUUCAUGAAGUGUAUUGACAAAAACCUUACUAUUGAGUGAGAAUGCAGAAACCAACCUUUGCCUUAAUAAUUGCAAACUUCAGUUCAUCUAGGGAGCAAACCUUAGGGUCAGGUACAGCACCAGAUGUAAGACCUUGGUCAAAGUGAUUUUUGUCAUUCGUUUUUUAACAUUCAAAAGGGGCAUGUUUUUUUCCACCAAUGAAGGACUAGAGCGGAGAGCACAAAUGUUGGUCUCAGACACUCAAGAAGGAGGUCGGGGAGGGGCUCUUUCAGCGCUAUGCCCUCAAUAUCACUCAGGUACAACUUUAGACUGUCGUAGCAUAACAUGCUGUAGUCAUGACAGUUGACUUUAAUAUACGUUAAAUGACCAAACACUGGCAUGCAAACUACAUGUCAUGCGUUGGACAACAUAAAGUAGGAUUCAUGCCGGAGGGUUUAAGUAAUGUGUUACCCCAAAACCAUCUGCCUUAUCUGUAACCUGGCCCGAAAGAAGCACUGGGUCAGCAUCAGUGUCCUGCCGUUCAGUGUCUGCUUCCUGUGGAUCAACUAACAUUCAAUUGUAUAUUUGCCUGAACAAAGGGGAUUUUUGUAUCAGUGAAGCUGUUUCAAUAUCAUGUAACAUGAACAAUAAAAAUGUGAAAUAAA